ACGACGAUAAAAGAAAAAGAUACGAUUUAGAAAAAAUGUCAGAUAAAUUUACCAACAAUAACAGUAUCAAAUUAGAUACAAACUUAAAGAGAAAAGUUAAUGAAGACUUUAUAGAUAAAAUAACUACGGAUAUAAAUAUAGAAUUAGAUAAAGAUAAGACUAUUAGACUAGAAUUGAGACAGCCUGAUACUAAUUUAGAAAAGGAUGUUAACGGAGGUUUGCUUACUGAAGAUUAUGCGGUACAGGACGAGAAUAAAACUAUAGGAGAGAUCGUUAGCAACGAAGAUGGAUACAUACAGAACGGUCAAGAUGAUGAGCGCCUGGGCGGCGGCGGGCUGGGCCUAGGCGGCGGCGGCUUCCGCGGCGGCGGGCAGCCCUCGCUCGCCGACUUCCAGCCGCCCUACUUCCCGCCGCCCUUCGCUCCCGCGCCUCACCCCGCCAGCCCUCAUCACCAACAACAAAACCAUGGCAUGGAAUACAGCGGUGGCGGCGAAGCGUACGCGCAACACUACGCGCCGCAACAACUGCUGCCGCGCCAUCAUACGCACCACGAACACGCGCGAUUACACCGCGACCAUCAUGACAUACAUACACACCAUUUGGGGCACAGUGGUUUCGGCUACGGCGGCGGCGAGCGGCGAGCUGAUUACGGCGCGAGGGAGCAGCAUGAGAUCGCGCUGCACCACGCAUUGCACUCAGAAGAAGCGCCGAACGCGGGCAUGGAUGAUACUACAGGGUUCAUGACUGAUCUACCUUUAUUAAAAACGAUAAAAGGGCGCGACGGGCUCGGCGGCUCGUGUGCACCCAACGACGUGUUCUGCUCAGUACCCGGACGGUUGUCACUACUGUCCUCAACCAGCAAGUACAAAGUGACAGUAGGGGAGGUGCAACGUCGGUUGUCACCCCCUGAAUGCCUCAACGCUUCUCUACUCGGCGGAGUACUACGACGAGCGAAGAGCAAAAAUGGCGGCCGCCUACUGCGGGAAAAGCUGGAAAAGAUCGGACUGAACCUUCCCGCGGGGCGGCGGAAAGCUGCCAACGUCACGCUCCUCACGAGCCUAGUCGAAGCGGAGGCAGUGCACCUGGCGCGAGAUUUUGGCUACGUGUGCGAGACUGAGUUCCCGGCGCGCGCGCUGGCGGAGUACCUUGCGCGACAGUAUGCCGAGCAUGACGCGCGGAGGCGGCGGGACUUGCUACAAGCUACUAAACAGGUGACAAAGGAGCUAAUGGACCUCCUGAAUCAAGACCGCUCACCGCUAUGUAAUACCCGGCCGCCGCACUUACUAGAGCCGGCCAUACAACGACACCUAACGCACUUCUCACUCAUCUCGCACGGGUUCGGUGGUCCGGCCAUCGUGGCGGCGCUGACUGCUAUACAGAAUUUCCUAAACGAAUCCCUCAAGCAUUUAGACAAAUUAUACCCCCAAAGUGGUAUGGUUUCGUCAUCGAUGGACAAAACCAAAAUGGACCCCGACAUCAAGAAGUAACACCAAGAUACCGGCGGAAACACCCGCGCCACAGAGAUUAUGACCAAGGAACUGUCCAUAUGGACGAAUUACUUCAUAUCAAUCAUAUCGUUCUACUGCCAACAAACAAAAUUUAAAACGAGAUUGCGUAUAAAUAUAGUCUGUCUAACAUGUUUUUGUCAGUAGAAAGAGGCGCGACAUUCUAACUGUCUAUGGGAGGAAAUGCCUUAGAGCCAAGAUUUUUUCCCGCUUUUUCUACUGACGGAAUAUCUUGACAUAUUUUUAUGACGAUCUUCGUUGUGGCCCGCAUACAAAUAAAGUGCAAUUAUAAUACUCAAGAUUGUGAGAUUUGUAAAUAUAGAUUAUAAAAUGAAUACCCAUAGUAUUAAUUAGCAUUUAAAGUAGAAUUAAUUCUCAGGCCAUGAUUUCGUGCUUUCGUCGAGACGAACUAUUUUUAUUACGAGGUUAUGAUGCAAUGACAAAAACUGCAAUAAGUAACACAUAUCAAAUUGUAAAUAAUUUAUUGUACAGUAUGUAUACUACAUACUAAGGGAUAACAUAGCAUUUUCACCGAUCGUUCGAAUUUAGAUGAAACCUCUUUAGUUAAGGUUAGGUAUAAUUUUGCUAGUGACUCAAUGUGAAAGUGUGCCAAUUAGUUUAAACAACGGAUACUUGUGUCCGAUGAUUAAGUAUUUAAUAUUUAUUAUUAUUGUCGCAUGUAUAUAAUAAUUAUGAGUACCGUCUUGCCAAUUCUCAGUUGUGGUGUUUAUAGAACUAAAUUACUUUGGUGUAGAUCGUGCCAAUAUUUCAAAAAAUUGUAUUUUUAUAAGCAAAAUACACACACAGUUUAAGUUCUACGAGGUUCACACUUGAUACGCACAAUUUCGUACCACUGAAUAUUUAUUUGAUUCACUACAAUCAAAUUUUACCGAUAUUUAGAUUAAAUACACAAAUUAUUUUAAACAACAAAUUCAGAAUGUCAUUUUUGAAAAAGGAGAGCGGCUUUUUCAUACAAACGUAAUCUCCAGAAGAUUUGGUUAAUGUUUUUUUUACAUAUUCAAAUACUAUGCUCUGAAUUUAUUUCUAACUGUUAUGAAAAGCGUAGAAGUUAGAACUAUGAAGUUUUUCAACUAAUUUCCAUUAGAAUGGCAAAACGUAUUUUUGUAAUGACUAGUAUCAGGAGGUUUGUAUGGAGAAGCGAUCAUCCACUACAUUCUGUUCGGAAAGAGAAGAAUCGUAGGAGAGUGAGUUGAAUCUCUUCUCUUUCUACACAUAAUCCAGCGUUUUGAAUGUCCAAUUUUUUUCAUUAUUUUUAAGCAUACCCGGUAUAUUAUUGGUUGAUAAUCGUAGCAAUUUAAAGUAUUUUGUAAUUUCAUUAACAAUAUCACAAAUUAUUACUCACUUGCUCAACAAAUUUGAAAUUGAACAAUGAUCUGUAAUCAUGUGCCAAAUGAUAAAUAAAAUAAAAAAUAUAUGAAACUUGAAGUAGAUUAGCGAUUUUUGUUACUUUUACCACCACAAAGACUACUUUAUAAGUUUGUAUGUUUUUAAGACGUUUGCCAUAUUUAAUAACAUACAUUUUAACCUUUUAACCAUAUUGUAAGAUUUAAAAUAUUUAGAGUCUGGCUAAUGAAAGUUGAACCCAGAUUUUUUUUAAAACAGCAACUCUGGAUGUCAUAUCAUCGAUUGUCAUCUGUCAGUGUGACUGUCACUUUAACGA